AUGCCAACUCCGAUCAGAACCCGUGGCCGGAGAAAAGUACGCGCACAAUCUGACAAUGGCGUACCUAAACCUGUGUCAUCAGGCCCCAGGGGUGGGAGGCCAAUGCUACCGCCAGACGUCAAACGCGAGUCUGGGAGCUACAAGCGGGCUCGUCUCCUUGCUGCCAAACCGCCUCCGCCAAGACUCCGCAGGAGGCUAUCCAGACUGGAGUCUUUGCCCGUGGAACUGAUUGAGAAGAUAUUUCUGUACUCCCUUAAUGUCAACCUGCCGCGAUGCUCGUCUUCCAUCUCUGCAGCCGUCUCUAGCGACCGGAUUUACCGUGCUUUGACGUUGCUAGCAUUCUUUGAUCCAGAGAAGACUGUGUUGCCAGAUCUCUAUCCACCGAACCAAGAUGUCGGGUCGCCCACAGACCCGAAGGCUGCGGCCAUCAGGGUCUCAGAGACUCAGAUCUCACGGAUCUUGAGACCAUUGGAGUAUAUCCAUCUCGAAAAGGAGGAGCGAAGUUCUCUCCAGGCAUCUGUCGUCAGGUGUAGAUGGUGCACCAUCGACCGUUUGAUAUCUUCACUGCCCGACCUCAUGUGCCUGGCCAUUUGGCGAUAUUGGUUCCCGGGGGCACACAUCUCUUUAAACAUCAGAAACGUCGGGCCAGAUGUAGAAUCGGCCACGGACCUGACAAUUCUCGACGUCUCUGAGAUCCCCGACAAGUUUCUCAGUGGAGCGAAUGAAGGAUUCAACGAAGCCCACACCCGCUUUCUCGAGGUUCUCCGCCUAGCUGGUGGGUUGAACCGCUUACUCAGUGUCGAAAGGAUAAAUGAGAUCAAUUUCUCCCGUGAAGCCAUUCAGCAAGGUAUCCAUGCGGCUCUCGUGGAACACAAUGCUAACGCCCUCACCACCCUCCUUAAGCUCGACGAGUUUACCUUCCGUUGCCAGAACAACCUUGUAGAUGCCGUGUAUACCCUACCACCAGAGCAUUUCCGCACCGCUGUCCGUGUGGCACGACACGACUCUAGCUUCUUCCAGCUUCUGCUGCGUGCGAGUGCUGAGUCUGUUCCCUACGACGAUUCGGAGAUCACGCACUGGGCAGUUACUACGGGUGGUCCUUUUGAACAAUGGCUACUGGAUUUCAUGCUGCAGCUGCCGGAGCAAAUCAGGGCGACAACCAAGGGAAGUCAACAAAUGUUCUAUCAUGGGGGCUUGAAUACAGCAAGUGCCAUGACAGAAAGGUAUCUUCGAGAUAUUCUGGGAACGGAUGAGCUUAAGGUCUGGCUAGAAGAGUCGUCGUACGAUUUUCCCAGCGAAUGGAUUGUUGAGAGUUGA